GCCAGGGUCCCUGCCCCAGCUCCGCCAACGCGGGCGGAAGGAGGAUGGAGUCCCUGUCGGAGCCCCACAGAGCCACCUGAGGGCUGGUGUCCUGGUCAGGCUGUGCGGUGGCUGCUGGGGGAGCCAGCAGUGUGGGACGCUGCUCCUGGGGACCUGGAGGACUGCCCCUGAGGAACUGGGACUUGACCGAGCAGAUGUGACUGCCGCCCACUGGCUGGAUGCUCCAGGCAUGGCCGACACCAUCUUUGGCAGCGGGAGUGAUCAGUGGGUCUGCCCCAAUGACCGGCAGCUUGCCUUGCGAGCCAAGCUGCAGACAGGCUGGUCUGUGCACACCUACCAGACAGAGAAGCAGAGGAAGAGCCAGAGCCUCAGCCCGGCCGAGGUGGAGGCCAUCCUGCAGGUCAUCCAGAGGGCUGAGCAGCUUGAUGUCCUGGAGCAGCAGAGGAUCGGGCGGCUGGUGGAGCGGCUGGACACCAUGAGGCGCAACGUGAUGGGGAAUGGCCUCUCCCAAUGUCUGCUCUGUGGGGAGGUGCCAGGCUUCCUGGGCAGCUCGUCAGUGUUCUGUAAGGACUGCAGGAAGAAAGUCUGCACCAAAUGUGGGAUCGAGGCCUGCCCUGGCCAGAAGCGGCCCCUGUGGCUGUGUAAGAUCUGCAGUGAGCAGAGAGAGGUCUGGAAGAGGUCAGGGGCCUGGUUCUACAAAGGGCUGCCCAAGUACAUCCUGCCCCUGAAGACCCCCGGCCGGGCCGAUGACCCCCACUUGCGACCUUUGCCUGUGGAGCCGGCAGAGCAAGAGCCCAGAAGCACGGAGACCAGUCGAGUCUACACGUGGGCCCGUGGGAGAGUGGUUUCCAGUGACAGUGACAGCGACUCGGACCUCAGCUCCUCCAGCCUGGAAGACAGACUCCCGCCCACCGGGGACAGAGACCUGAAAGGCGACAAGUUCUGCAGGGAGUCAGGUGGCAGCAUGGGGUCCCCCAAGAUGGAGCUGGCCCGCCCACCCAGCCACCUCUCGGGAAGCCAGAGCAGCCUGGCCAGCGAGACUGGGACCGGCUCUGCGGACCCACAGGGGGCACCCCGCCCUGGCCCGACCCAAAGGGCCCCAGCAAAAGGCACACCUGGACGAGCCCCCGCUGUUGAUGUGGCCUCCAGUGACCCCCUCUGCCUGCCCUGGGCAGAGGCCUGUCUGGUGCGUGGAGUGGGCUUUGCAGGUGGAAGAGGUUGACAGAGAAAGAGCACGCUCGCCGGAGCCACGCCCCCCGGCCCCUUCAGGCCAGUCCAGGAGGCCUCACACCCAAGCCUGUGGGACGUGACCCCUGAGUCAACAAACCAGUGGGCCAAGUCCGCAGCCCCCCACUCAGUGCCUUUUCCAGGAGCCCUCCUCACUGCCCACCCGGCCAUUCCACUCAGCCGUAACCUUUAUUUAUUGUCCUCCCCGACCCCUCCUCAGUCUCCCCACCCCCCGUGUGUAUUUCAAGUUGACCCUGGUCUUGGUUUGGGCUGGAAGGGCCUUCAGACCCACCGGGCGGGGCCCCCACAUGCACUGCGGUUUCAGAGGGCACCACACGGGCUUUCUCCACGUUUGUAUUAAAAUAGAAGAAGAAGCCCAGUCCCGAGCAUUACCCUUCAAAGCUGAGCUGGGCCCCUGGAGAGAGCAGUAGAGCCCAGAGCAGGUGGGAGGAGACUCACCCCCCUUUCCGUCCGCCUUAGAGCUGGGGGGCCUGCAGCAGCACGCUGCCCUGCCCUCCUCCCCUCACUCGGCGGCCCAGGGCUUUCUUCCAGCCCCUCCCUCCGCCUCCCUGCUUCUCUCCGCCUCUCCCCUGCCUGUGGAGCUGAGCAGGGCUCUGUUGAAGUCUGAAUUCACUCACUGAAGAGCAGCGGGCCCAGGCCCCAGCUGGGGCCCGAGGGCUCCCCUACGCCAUUAAUUCACUUCUCUUCAUUAGGUUGUUUGGCAUGAAAAAUACUCAGUGCAAAACACAAAUGCUUCUGCAGCACCCUUCCCUGAAGAGAGAGUAAAUGUGUGUUUGUGUGUGUGUUGCCUGUACCCACCCAACCUUCCUCUCCGCCCCCAGGACCCCCCCACACCCAGCCCUCCAGGCCCUGGGGCCCCCACUGUUGGCUUUUGCACCAUUGCUACGGGCCGAUGGUUAAAAAAAAAAACCUCACUGCUUCCCAGUGACUAGUUAGCCUCAGAAUGAAAAUAAAGAUGAGGAUUUGUGUGGA